CAGUUCCUGUUGGCAAUGCCAUUUCAUACUGAUAUCUUCCUUCUGCAUCGUCCCAUGUCUUAAAAGUCUACUGCUUUUCUUUUGUUUUGGAGAAAGAGAUUGAGGAAAGAGAGGGGAGGAUUUCUGAAGCUUUGAAUUUGUCUUUCUGCUUGAGAAAAAUAGGAAACUGGUUCUUUGGCUUGGAGGGCCUCUCGGCUUCAGACCAUGGAGGGUGUCGCAUUGAGAUGGAGAGCUGCAACAGUUGUGCUGCAAGGACUUCUGGCAAUGACCUUUCUUAUUUCAGGAAUUUCUGCCUUGGAGUGUUAUCACUACAGCUACAUAGAUCAUCCCACAUUCAAGUUCUAUACAUCAGAGCAGUACAUUAGAAACUGCUCCAGUGCUGAGAAUGUUUGCAUAAUUGCACAACUUACAUUAACUAUAGAUAAAGACCUUUUGAUAAUGGGCUACAAAGGCUGCGCCAGCAAGGACCUUUGGGAUGGACCCAUAUCAAGUUUCUCUGGUGACCAACACUUUGCCGUCCAGUACGAUGAGAGCUACUGUCUUGGUGACCUUUGCAACGGGCAUUCGAUAAAGUGGAAGGUUCCCAAGACCCCUAUCGAGGACACAGCAGCUGAAAUAAGCAGCUCCAACCAGUGUUACUCAGGCUUUGAUCAUUCCUACUACGGAAUAUUCCAGCAGACUAUGAGAUGCGGCAGGGGCUACAACCGAUGUUACAAUGGCAGUAAGGUCAUUUCAGUAGGAGGCCUCCGAACAUCAAUGAUCUUCAGAACCUGCCAGCGCCCAGCCUGCAUUGAUAUGAGAACUGAUUUCACCAGUAAUAUAAAUAUCACCAGCGAGUGGGGGUCGUGUUGCUCUGGCAGCAAUUGCAAUAGUCAGAUAAUUAACCCAACCAAUUAUGGUGUGAGGAGCACCACCAACCCAUACCUGUCUUAUGAUCAUUAUGGGUCAGGUUUCCAAGGGCUCAGUCUUCAACUUUGCCCUUUCCUGGCAGUCCUGGGAGCCACCAUGCUCGGGAUAUGGGGGUGAUGAAGGGGGUUUGGGAGCACCUGAACUGCUGGAACCUGCAUUUGGGUUUGGCAAGGAUGUGUUGUGGAGCAGAAA